AUGUAAUUUUCUUUUCGUUUCAUUUUAAGUGAAUUACAUUUUUUUCGAUAAGGUUAUUAAAAGAUUUCACUGGUUUCAGCGAAAUCCGAAGAGAUAGAACGGUCAAAUGGAAAAUGACGACUACGAGGUUUCUUCUGAAAUAUUUGAAGAGGGCAACUAUGUGACAUCAACAUCAACAGAACCAAAAAUACAUAGCAGUUAUGUCGUUUCCACAUUCAAUUUCCUGAGGCCCCAAAUCGAAGUUUUUGUAGACUCCGAUGGCGACUUGAACGUCCCUCGAAGAAAAUCCGAACCCGUGAGCGACAGCGUGGAAAUAGAACACAUGAGAAACACAGUUCUCAAAAUGGUGGGCCUUCAAAUAUGGCGAGGAGCAUUCCUUGUAGCAGAUUGGCUAAUAGCGAACCACCACACCAUUCCCAAAGGUUCCUACAUUCUGGAAUUGGGAUCCGGGACCGGUUUGACCGGCAUAGUAGCUUCCAUGUUCUUUCCAGUCAUAUGUACAGACGUCGAUAGGGGAGAUAUCCUUGGCCUGAUAAGGAGCAACGUGAAAAGGAACUCGAAUUUAUGUCGGCAUCCAGUAGAAGUUGUCGAGCUGGAUUUCAUGACGACGGAUUUACCGCCAGAAGUGGAGCGACAUCUGUCGGAGAUAUCUGUCGUUAUCGCUGCAGAUACUGUGUACGAUGACUCUAUCACCGAAGGUUUCGUCAAGACUGUCCAAUGUUUGUUAUCGCGUCCUCCGACCAGAAGUGUUUACAUCGCUCUGGAGAAGCGAUACGUUUUCACUGUGGCCGACCUUGAGAGUGUCGCCCCUUGCUUCGAGUUUUUCCUCGAGUGUCUCGGAAACUUGGAAAACGUUACGUGUCAAGAGCUUCAGCUGGAUUUUCCUAAGUAUUUCGAGUACGAUAGGGUGAAAGAAUUGGUUAUGUGGAAGGUGACAUCGAACUUCGAAUGAAAAAGGGCUCCAGACGAAACGAAAAUCAUAAGAGGAGAUAAUAUUCCGAGAAUAUUAUGGAAGAAAUGGAAAUAUUAGAAUGAUACACUGUGAUAGUCUAUGCAGAUAUCGUUCCGUUCAAGAAAUUGGAAUCCAAAUUUUUAAAAGCAAGAGAUUCCCGGUCAACUGGUUUGCCAGACCUAUAUCCUAUCGAUUAUGUUCAAAGCAGUUCAAGUUCCACUGGGAGCGAAAGAUUCUUCAAAUUCAAUAGAUUGUUUUUUAAAUAUUCAAGCCUUUGUGAUUUACUUAUCAGAUAUUUAAUAAAACCUACGUUUCCUUUUUUUC